AUGACUGAAGAAGCUGCGGAAGAGGCAGCGGCCCUGUGGAAUGAGCAUGCUUUGUCCGAGAAGGGUGGUCUCACGUGUGUCAUUGCGUGUCGCUCCGCGUCAGAGGUUGCGUGGGUACCCCGUCGAGGUUUGACCUUGCAGUCCCAGUCCCAAUGGCUUGGUCUGAAACACAAUGAUCAGGUUGUUUUGCGCUCAGUCUCCCUUGCGGUCUUAGGAAAAGGGGUUUCUCCCAAGAGUCCUGUUAUCAACAAACCCAGGGAGGCCAAAAUCCCUGAAAAGAUUGAGAUGCAUACCGUGCGUUUGACAGUCUAUGCCAAGUACAUGGCGGAAAAGCUGACUACUCAGUUGGCCGAUUCCUUUCUGAAACAAGUUUGGCCUGAGGACGAUAAGAAAGCUAGGAACUUUGCCGCGUGGCGUCCUGAAACGUCUUCGGGUAAAGAGGUCGCUCUCGUCAGCUACUGCACUUGCUCUUCCUCCACGGCUUCUGUCUUGUUGGGCAAGUCAGGUCAGACUCCUCUUUUUGUGUCUCGCUUGGCCAAAGACAAAAAGAAGGACCCUGAGGUGCAUGCGCGUUGGGUUGAUCGGCCCAGUGACUCCUCUGAUUUUGAGUAUUGGCUUCACGCUUGCAAUGUCCUCAAGCAGUCAGGUGCCACCACUGGCUUGAUCCAUCGGUUGGGUGGGGGACGGGACUUGGGGUUCGAACAGAAGGGUUUAGAUCCCAAGACCUCCGCCCCUUUCUACUGGUUGGCUACGUGCCCUCCUUUUUGGGCUGCUCAAGAUCUUUUGAAUGUGCUGACGUCCGUCGGUUGGGACAAUCCCGAGGUUCUCGGUCAAUCCGGGAAGUCCUGGCGAUUUCGAGCUAAGGCCCGUCCGACUAAGGAAACCACUUUCGUUUAUGAGCUAGCGGACGACGUCACUUUGAAGAUUGUACCGCAGCCACGACGCUUGGACAUACACAAUGAGUACGGCAAGCCUCUGGCGCGACCUAAAGUUCCAUGGACGACGCCGCCGACAACUACCAUCGAGGUCCCAGAUACGCAGUUGGAUGAGCCUAUGAUGGAUGGUGCAAGCCCAGACUCAACAACUACUGCUCAUGUGGCUGAUGGUGAAGAGAAGAACAAGGUCAAACAACAUGGAGCCAAGCCACAAGGCGCGGAGCCACCAUGCAAGAAAGCUCGCUCCACCAGAGCCUUUGGCUGCGAAGAGGUGAUUCAGGAUCCCACUUGCCCUCUCAAAGGGUGGACGGUGAUUGAGACCGGCGCCGAUGGCAAGUGCGGUUACCAUUCCUUGGUUGGAGCCACAUACCUCGCCGGUAAGUUCGACAUGCAGUUGGAUGAAAAGUAUGUGUCCAAAGAUGCCGGGUCCCUUCGUGUGAAGACCGCGGAGUGGCUCUUUCAGGACAGCGCCAGAUUCAAGAAAUCAUGGGCGGUUGACUCCGACCAUCCGGAGCACACGGGCAACUCGUGGGAUGAGUACCUCAAGUUGGUUGCUAAGCCGGACUUUUGGCUGGACGAGUUGCAGAUGCGUGCGGCAGCCGAGCGCCUCAAGAAGCGGGUUCUCGUACAUUAUCUGGACACCUCAAAGAAGUGGGCGAGACGAGUGAUCAAUUCCAGAGCUGAGGGAGAGCCUUUGGUCUUGCUUCUUCGGGACCAACAUUUCAGACCGGUGCGUCCUGUCGGAAAGGGUUUCCCGCCGGAGUGGUUGAGAAAUGUUGGAGCUCAGAUGCCCCAUCGCGGCCGAGGUGGAGGACCUGGGAAGUGCUCCGGGAUUAUCCGUCUUCGGGAUGCCCCCGGGAUUUUGCGUUCCAGCAGCAAAAAGUCCAAGCAGUCUUCGACGCCUUCAUGCUCGACGUUUCGUGUUGGACGCGCUGGCUCUUCCUCAAAGAAGGCAACUUCCGUUUCUACCUUUCGGGUUGGUGGGCCAGGGGAUGCACGCGAGACUUCCUCCAACGCUCCUUCGAUGAAGUCUUGCUCUACAUUCAAGGUUGGGGCUUCCAGUCCCAGUGGUGGCGGACGGCUUGAUGCGGUCAUUCGGCGUGGCUUGGCUGCCGCAGCGCAGUUUCAACAGGGCUCCUACAAGGCCGUGCCUACGGACAAAGGUUCUUCUUCCUCCUCUUCAUCCAAUGGGCAGGUGUGGACGAAGGAUGGCAUCUACAAGUGCACGUGUGGUUGGUCUUUGCCGGAGGCGGCAGCGCUUAUCCCGAAGCAAGAGCAAAAUCGACGUUUACAUGACGCCAGAAUGCACUGGUCCCAGUGUCACCCUGGCGAGCCCUUUCCGAAGCUUACCAAGGAGCAACACAAGCAGAAGACGCAGAACAUGGCGGACAAGGUCCUCCAAAACCUUCACGACCUCAAGGACAAGUCUGUGGGAGCUCCGCGGCGUGGCAGUCCACGUCGGUUUCAGUGUCGCCGGUGCGAGGGCUGCUAUGACUUGUCCCACGCACGCCGCGUGGCAUGUCCCGCAACUCCAGACGCAGUGAAAAUGAGGUGUCGUGAAGUUGAGAGCGCAGUUCGAGUCGCGGAAGGUCGUCGCACCAAGCGGGCAGCCCGCUUGACGAUCCGUCGUGAUCCCCGCAAGUCUUCGCGAAAGCCCAUGAAGAAGAUGUCCAAGAAGAUGAAGGCCCGAUGCAACAAGCAGACCACUACCCGCCACGUGAUCAUCUCCAAGAAGUACGCUUUGACAGCCAGGUCAAGCGCCGAGUGA